AAAAAAAAAAAAAUAAAAAAUGGAAAUGGAAACUAUACAUUCAACAAUGAUCUAUGAUCCAGGACCGGUGUUGGAUAAUGAUUUAUCAAUGAAAAAUUAUUUCAAUAAUCAUCAUAAUCAUAAUCAUAAUCAUCCUGAAUUGGAACAUUUAGCCAAAACAAUGCCAUCACCAACAAUGAUUGAUAAUGAAUCAAAUAUGAUAUCACCAACAUCAUCAACCAAUCAUAUACGAUCACAAUCACGAAUGUCCAUUUCACAUGAUAAAGGAUUGUUAAAUAUGCCUGGACAGAAUAAUUGUUUUCUCAAUAGUGCUGUACAGGUUCUAUGGCAUCUGGAUAUAUUUCGUCGAAGUUUUCGUGAAUUACAAGGCCAUGCCUGUAUGGGUGAUUCAUGUAUUUUCUGUGCUUUGAAGGAACUUUUCAAUCAAUUUCAAAGUAGUACAGAAUCAGCAUUACCACCAGAUUCAUUACGAUUUGCAUUAGCCCAAGCAUUUAGUGAUCAACGUAGAUUUCGACUUGGCUAUAUGGAUGAUGCUGCCGAAUGUUUUGAGAACAUCUUAUUUCGUAUACAUUAUCAUAUAACCAAUCAAGAGCUUGAUUCACAAUCCAAAUGUUUACCACAUUGUAUACCUCAUGAAAAGUUUUCAAUGAAUCUAUUUGAACAGAUCAUUUGCUAUUCAUGCGGUGCGACCUCCGAUCCAUUCAUGUUUUCACAAAUGGUCCAUUAUAUAUCUACCUCGGCAUUAUGUACGGCUGCUACUACUACUUCCUCUUCUUCAUCAACAUUGACAUCGACAUCAAAUCAUAAUGUAGUUGUCAAUGUUGUUGGCAACAAUAAAAAUAAUAAUAAUAAUGGCCAUAACAAUGUUGCUGACGAUAAUGUUAGUGGCCAUAAAAUCAUGUUGAAUUUCGGACAAUUGAUUAAAAUGGUCAAUUCAAUGGGCGAUAUUCGUAAUUGUCCGAAAAUGUGUGGCGCAAAAAUGAAUAUCGAAAAACGACUACUCAAUAGACCAGAUAUAAUAAGCAUUGGUCUUGUAUGGGAUACUGAUCAUCCAUCAUUAUCGUUCAUUCGAAAUGUCUAUCAAUUGAUUGGAACGAAUAUUCGUUUGAAUGAAAUAUUUAAUUUAAAUGAAACCAAUUCUUUUCAUCAUCAUCAUGAUCAACAAUUUGAUAAUCAACAAUUAGAUCUAGUUGGUUUGGUUACAUAUUAUGGUAAACAUUAUAGUACAUACAUAUUCAAUACAAAACUAUCACAAUGGAUCUAUUUUGAUGAUGCCACUGUACGCGUUGUUGGUCCAAGAUGGCAACAAGUUGUAGAAAAAUGUAUUAAAGGCCAUUUUCAACCAUUAUUAUUAUUAUAUUCAAAUCCGAAUGCAAAAAUUAUCAAUACUUCAUAUGCUUCGAAAGAAAUUAUACCAAUGACGGUCAUUAAAAAACCUGUUGUCGAUGAAAUGGAAUCAUCAUCAUUGGUCGUAAAUUCUUCUAGUAAUAUAGUCAAUCCACCCACCUCUAUUACAACAAGAAAAUCACCAACACCACCUCCAAUACCUCCUCAUAAUCUAUUAUCAUCAUAUACGAAACCGAAAUCAUCAUCAGAUACAACAACAACCAUAAAUAAUUUGAAAUCAGACACGGUUAGUCAUCAUAGUAAUCAUCAUCAUCAACAACAACAAAAGCCGAAUCCAUUAUUAUAUCGGCCCAAUGUUGCACAUUAUAAUUCCGAUGUGCCUGAUUCACCAUCAGCCACCUCGACCACUUCAUAUUUCAGUGAUGUAGGUGCUGAUUCUACUGAUGGUUAUAUAUCGAGAAAAACUGUAGAAAAUAUAAUCAAAAUUCAACAACGAUCUAAAUCAUCAGCAAAAACUUUGAAAAAUUCAUUAAAAUUAGAUAAUCCUUUAUCAACAAUGAUCAAUAAUAGCAUCUAUGAUAAUCAAAAAUAUAAUCGAAAUAGUUCAAGUAGUCUUGAAUCAUUUGAUUCUGUUGUUCGUGGUUCAAAAAUUUGUUCCACUUUGCCCACAUCUAUGAUGAUAAAUCAAAUGAAUACCUGUUCAUUGCAACGACGAGAUUCUGGAAAUUCUAGCAGUGAUCGAGCUUCAAGUGCUUCGUCAAAUGAUACAUCAUAUCAUUAUAGUCAACGUCAACAAUUAAUGUCGAAAAAUUCUCAUCGUAAUACUUUGACAGCGAAGAAUGCUUCUGAUCAAGGUUAUGAUUCGUUUUCAUUAUCUAGUUCUGAUAGUUAUCCAUCGACUAUUUCACCAUCAAAAUUGAAUAACCGUUUGAAACAGAUUCCUGAAGAUGAUAGUCAACUUAUUGAAAUGGUCAAUAAUUUACCGACGAUGGAUGAAUGCGAUAAACUUUGUUCAGAAGCAGACAUACUUUUAUUACGAUCACAUGAAAAAGAACGUGAAGGUGAUUUAAGAGCAGCCGCUGCAUUAAGUGAUUCAGCUGCAGCAAAAGCACGAUUAGCCAUGGACAUACCGUACAGUAAUCAUCAAACACUAAUAUCGGCCAAAAUGAAACAUAGCAUGUGUGUCAUGCGAUCGGCAAGCUUACAUAAACGAGUAGUGGAACUUGAAACCGAAGAAAAACGAUUGUUAAAAGUGGCCGCAAUGGAAGCUGCCGUACAUCAUAGUCGACAAUCAAGCCGAGAUAGUAGCUAUGGGCGACAUAGUCGACAAUCUAGUCGUGAUAAUAAAGAUCCAACCAAAUCGAUAAGCGCUCAUAAACAAGAUGCAUCCAAUGAUAAUACAAUGAACGUAGUCAAAUCCAAAUCGGAUAGUAAAAAUCAUUGGCCAUCACUAGAAAUUUAUGCAACAUUACCGAAAAAAUCUAAACGUAAAUCAAAUACAAAAGAUACGAUUUCGGCCGAAAAUGCUGCAAACAAAAUGAAAGAUAAUGCUACUAAAUCAAUAGCUUCAAAUUAUGAUCAUCAAUUGAUCUAUGAAAACUUACAAAUGAUUAAAUCGCAAACAAAAUCUAAUAAAUCUAGAGUAUCUUUGAUAUCAGAUUCAGAAUUUAGUGAUUAUUAUAGCGAAUGGGAAGCCAUUCGUAAGAAGAAACCACAAACCAAAAUCAAUGAUCCGAUUACAAAUACGGGUUGGCAAAGUUGUCGUGAAAAUACAGAUAGCGAUGCUGGAUAUGCAGAAUUCGGAUCACCACAAGUUUCUUCAAAAUUAUCGAAAUCAAAUUUGAAUAAUAAGAAAAUUGCACCAAAAAGUCAAUGUAAAGUCAAACGGAAAUUAAUGUUUGGUAAUUUUCUUAAAUCAAAAAAUCAAAGUCUUCCAGAUCUUCGUGAAGAAAUUUUGCAUCACAACAACAACAACAACAACAAUGAAACGGCAGAAGGAAACAAAUGUAAAGAUGAUGAAAAUAUUCACCGAUCAUCGGCUGUUGCACAAAUCAAUGCUAAAGGAUUUCAUCAAUCACAUCGAUCAUUUGUAGCGGAACAAGGUUUCAAAUCCAAACCAUUGUUAAUCAAGGUAAAACCACCUGCUGUUUUAAAUGGAUCGAAAAAACCAUUACCUCCACUUCCGUUACCACCACUACCACCUUUAUCAUCAUCACGAUCAUCAUUUGAAAAAAAAGUACAACACGAACAAUAUGAAUCAUCAAAAAAUAAUCAGAUUGCACCGAAAGCUACAACUAAUACUACAGCAAUAGUUAAAUCGGAUUGCGCGAUCCGAGAGAAACCAUUGCCACCGAAACGUAAUUUAUUUCUUGAAGAAUUAAAUCGAAAACGAAGUGAAAUAUUGAAAUGUGACAAACAAAACAAUAAUAUGGAUAAUGAUGGUCCACGUGAUGAUCGUAAGAACGAGAAAAUAUAUUGUAAUGUUCAGCUUAAAACAUUACCGUCACCAAGCAACAUCGGACAACAACAACAACAACAAGACAAAGGCAAAUUAAAAUCAGCUACCGUUUCAGGUCCGACACCGGUGCCAAUAAUUAGUAGAAAACCUAGUAUGUUUGAAAUUACGAAUUUUAUCUCGAAAAAUUCUCCACCACCAUCAUCUAAUCAAAGUAUUGAUCAUAAUCGAAACAUUACAACAACAACAUCAUCGACAUCAUCAUCAUCUUCAACAACGACAACAACAACAACAGUUCAUAUGCCAAUACCAGUUAAUCCACUAUCAACAAGGCUUCAAAGGCCACCAGAUUAUGAAACAACAUUAAAACGAUUACAUCAAAAACAAUCAAAUCCAAUCUAUUCGAAUCUACCACCGCCGCCACCAUCACCAACAACAACAACAAUACCAAUGAUUAUGAUGUUGGAACAACGAACAAAUUUCAAUGAUCAAAUCAUACCAUCAUCAUCGUUCAAUACUAAUCAUCAGCAACAAGUCAAUCUACAACAACAAACAUAUCAAACAUUAUCAAAUUCGAUUGAUACACAAAUACUACCGGCAACACAACGGAAUAAUAAAAAAAGUGUAAAAUUUUCCGAUCAUAUCGAAUUGGUUGCAUGUGCCGAUGAUGAUGAUGAGAUUGAUGAACCAUUACCGAAUCUGUUAUUGGAAAAAGUUUUAGGCAAAACACAAAAUCUUGUCUAUACAUUACAGAAAUAAUAAUAACA